AGUAGACAAAGACACUUACUUGUUCAGCACUCCAAGUCAGCCUAAUGACCUACGCCAUGCAAUACGACGAGCUCUCUGUGGCCCUUGGGUAUGCUCUUUUCGGCACCGCUGGUGCUCCAGCCGGCAAGGCAGCUCCUGCUGCGACUGCGGAGGACGAUGACAUGGAUCUCUUCGGGGACGAUGAGGAUGAGACCCCCAAGGCAACGAUGUCGCGCGCCGAGCAGGUGGCGGCCAUGAAGGCAGAGAAGGAGGCCAAGGAGAAAGCGAACAAGAAACGGGAUCGGUCCCAGAUCGUUUUGGAGGUAAAACCCACGGACACAGACGUGGACCUGGAUGCGCUAUACAAGACCAUCAAGAAGGAGGUCUGCCCCCCCGGCUUGACCUGGGGGGAGGGUUACAACAAGGCGCCCGUCGCCUUUGGAAUUUUCAAGUUGAUCAUCUCCCUUGUCGUCUUCGACGACGAAGUCUCUAUCGAUGACGUGGUGGACAAAAUCGAGGCCAUGGAGGACAGUGUGCAGUCCGUGGACAUCAACUCUUUUAACAAACUCUAAAACCGGAAGCGGUGUAGAAUGAUGGGUGAUGGUGCCAGCGACUUCUUUUUAAUGGUGGGGGAAACUCAUUAUCUCGGAGCCGAGGGCAGCGCCACGCGUUUGGGAGAGAGUGUCUGCAAUAGGAUGAGAACCUUUUGCUUGUCUCGUCACAAGAAGAAGGAAACGCCAUUUGAAUCAAGUUGCUUGUUUUGGAGGGCGCUUUACCCACCGAUAUACUCGUAGAGAGGUGUUUUUUCCCCUUUUUGCAGGGCAUACCCCGAGUUCUAAAUAACAAAACUCGGAUGAAUUAAGAAUCCUUGAAGUGCUUGUUCAAAGCAGCAAUUUGAAACUAUGCCCAAUUAUCAUGUGCAUGGAUAUCUUAUGGUACUUAUUUCCUGAA